CCUGGGCAGAGGCAUUUGGUGAGAUGAUGGCGACCGGGACGCAGGAUUCGCAAGCCCGCUUUGGCCAGUCGGUGAAGGGGCUUCUCACAGAGAAGGUGAACACCUGUGGAACUGACGUGAUCGCGCUCACCAAGCAGGUGCUGAAGGGUUCCCGAAGCUCCGAGCUGCUAGGUCAGGCAGCCCGCAACAUGGUUCUACAGGAAGAUGCCAUCCUGCACUCAGAAGAUAGUUUAAGGAAGAUGGCGAUUAUCACUACACAUCUUCAGUACCAGCAAGAAGCUAUUCAGAAGAAUGUUGGACAGUCAUCAGAUCUGCAGGACCAGCUAAAUCACCUGUUGAAAUAGAAUGGCAUAUGGGAGGGUAAUAGCACUGUGCCUGGUGCGAAGGAGGGAAUAUCUUACACACUGUCAGGCUGUGGGUUUGAGUUUCCGUUUUCAUCUCCAAAAGUUAAGUAGGAAAAAAUUGUAUAGUUUUCUGUGAAAAGAAGCGAGGAGGGUGAAUUUUGGAAGCACUUGUUUUGUUUUGCCAAUCCUUGGACUUGAACUCAGGGCCUAGGCACUGUCCCUGAGCUUUUGUUCAAGGCUAGCACUGUACCACUUGAGCCACAGUGCUACUUUCAGCUUUUUCUGUUUAUGUGGUACUGAGGAAUUGAACCCAGGGCUUCAUGUAUGCAAGGCAAGCACUCUACCACUAAGCCACAUUCCCAGCCCUGGAAGCACUUCUUAAAUUGAAGUAACCAUGUUCUUAUUUAGAUACUUUUUUUAGUUUGUUUUGAUAAAUAUUAUUUUAUAUAAUCAAAUGCAUAUAGGUAUUGUAUUUUUGUGUCCUCCCCUAAGAAUAUCCUACUUUGGUCUCACUGUGUAUGAAUGCCUAGAG